AUGGCCAAGAACUCAUACGUCUUACCCCCGGGAUCCCGAGUCCUCGUCACCGGUGCCAAUGGCUACAUCGCCUCUCACGUUGUUGACAAACUCCUCGGUCUCGGAUACCUGGUGCGGGGCACUGUCCGCGCGCCGAAGCCGUGGUUGAACGAAUACUUCGAGCAAAAGUACGGCCCCGAUGUUUUUGAAACUGUCUUCGUGGAGUCCUUUGGCAGCAAGGAUGAACUUGAGGGGAUCAUGGAAGGAGUGGAUGGAGUCAUUCACUCGGCUUCGGAUAUGACCUUCAGUGGUGACCCAAGCGCUAUUAUUCCCUGGGUGGUGAAGGCUGCAGUAAAUGUUCUGGAAGUCGCGGCCCUGAAUCCCGCCAUCAAACGGGUCGUCUUGGUUUCUUCUUCGAGUACCUUGUACAACAUGAUUCCGGAGCCUAAUGGACGACGCGUUGAUGAAAAUAGCUGGAAUGAUGUCUCCUUGAAGACUGCAUGGGACAAGAACGUUCCGAAAGAAGAAAAGACAGUUGCGGUCUACGCAGCCUCAAAAACGGAGGCAGAGCGAGAGUCGUGGAAAUGGGUCAAGGCACACCAACCUCAUUUUGAAUUCAACACCGUGGUUCCCUGCUUCAACCUCGGAAAAACGCUUUGCCCCGAAAUCUACGGGUCUACAAUGGGCCAUACACGCACACUUCUGCAAGGUAGCAAGAUGACUCUCAUGUUCACUGAACAAUGGUACGUCGAUGUUGAAGACGUUGCUCGACUCUGUAUCGUUGGUGUCCUCGAACCGACUGCAAAAUCAGAGCGCAUCUUUGCAUUUGGCGAACAAAUGCACGUUGCUGAUAUCAUUUCCAUUCUCCGCGAACUUCGACCGAACAAUAAAAAGAUUCCAGAUCCUCCCACUAACCCAAUCAGAGACCGAACAGAAGUUGUUCCGAGGGCUAGAGCGGAGGAGUUUCUUCGCAGUGUUUUCGGACUAUCCGGUUUUCGUGGUGUUAGGGAGAGCCUUGAAGUGGGUAUUGAGGGAUGGGAGUAA